AUGUCGCUCGGUGUGGAAACCUUACUGUUAGCUCCGCUGAAGACGACCCUGGGGUACGUCGAUGCCCCCUUCACGGGCAAAAAGGAGCAAUUUGACCAAGUGCUCGACGUCUUGGACCAGCUGGGGUUCAUCCCUGAACCCUUGAUUGAGCUGGAAGCUCGCUGGUUCUACGAAUGCUUGGGCAUUGACGACGUGUUCUUCGCCAAGGAAAAGCCGGAAGAGAUUGCUCUGCAUAUCCUUUCAUUGUACUCGGCUAAGGUGCAAUCGUUCUCGGCCACCCUGUCGUUGGACGACGCGUUGAUCCGUUACCGCGCCGAAGGCGACGACCUUGGUGUCUACUUUGACACCUCGGCCCCCGGUGUCAGCGACGCCGGCAAGCGUCGUUUCGAAGAACGCAUCGAUGACAAGUACUUGGACCCGUCGUCGGCCCUGGGUGUCAGUUACCGGGCGGAAUUCUUCACCGCUCCUUUGAACUACCAAGCCGACCCCAUUUUGCGUGGCGUUCACGAAAAGAACCCCGAAAUCAAGAACCAACAGAUGCUGUGUGCCUUUGUCUACAAGUGCAACUUUGACGAAACCACUGGCGCCGACGCCACUUUUGCCAAGACUGCCUCGCCCAAGACCAAGGAGUUGUACAACGAAAUCAUCCUGAAGGUGAAGACUACCACUGGUCCUGUCAUCUCCCACUUUGCUCUUGAGGACUCCGACGAAUACCGUGUCAUCAUCGGUUACAAGCAAAAGACCAGCUCGCGUUACAUCUCCGCCCUUUCUGACCUCGCCAACUACUACAAGUUGACCGUUACUCGCAAGUACGUCGAGCAAUUCCGCCCCACCGUUGAUGGCGAGGAAGGUAUCACCAUCAUCUCGAUGUACGUGGCUCUGAACCGCAACACUUCGGCCGCCGUUGACUUGUCGAUCUUCCAGGUGAUCAAGGAAGCUUCUUUGUUGUACUGCAUUCCUUCGAACCUUUUCCAAGACAGAUUCGUCUCCGGUGAGUUGUCCUUGCAAGAAAGCAUUUACGCUCAAUGCGGGGUUAUUUUCACCACUCACUUCUUGAACCGGUUGGGCCCUGAAUACCAGAAGUUGACCUCGUUGUUGGACGCGUCGAAAUCGCUUGAAAACGCCGAAGUGUUGAACGCGUUGAAGAAGAGAUUGAGAGCGGAAACUUACUCGCAAAACUUCAUCCAAGAAGUCUUUGACACUCGUCGUUCCAUUGUGCAAAAGUUGUACCGCAACUUUGCCGAUGUCCACUACAUCAAGAGCUCGAAGGAAAAGACUUUGUCCUACCAGAGAUUGUCGCAAAUCCAACCCUUCGCUGAUGAAAAGGAGUUCGAAGACGUUUUGGCGCGUGAAUGCUCGCAAAACGAACACCAUGCCGUGGUGUUGCGUGCUUUGUGGACCUUCAACAAGUCGAUCCUCAAGACUAACUUCUUCAUCUCCACCAAGGUUGCCAUCUCUUUCCGUUUGCAACCCGACUUCUUGCCUGCGUCGGAGUACCCUGAAAAGCCCUACGGUAUGUUCUUCGUCGUUGGUCUGGACUUCAGAGGGUUCCACAUCCGGUUCCGUGACAUUGCCCGUGGUGGUAUCCGUAUCGUCCGGUCGAGAAGUGAAGAUGCCUACAAGACCAACGCUAUGAACUUGUUUGACGAAAACUACAACCUUGCCAACACCCAACAACGCAAGAACAAGGAUAUCCCCGAGGGUGGUUCGAAGGGUGUGAUCUUGUUGGACACCGGUGCUGCUCAAGAGCGUCCCAAGGCUUGCUUCGAAAAGUACAUCGACUCGUUGAUCGACUUGCUCAUCAAACAAGAUAUUCCCGGGUCUAAGGAAGCUUGGGUUGACCUUUAUGACAAGCCGGAAAUCUUGUUCCUUGGCCCUGAUGAAGGUACUGCUCCCUACACUGACUGGGCUACUUUGCAUGCUCGUGCCCGCGGUGCUCCUUGGUGGAAGUCGUUCUUGACGGGCAAGUCUCCCCAAUUGGGUGGUAUUCCUCACGAUGAGUACGGGAUGACCACCUUGUCGGUACGUGCCUACGUGAACAAGAUCUACGAAAAGCUCGACAUCGAUGAUGCUAAGAUUCGCAAGUUCCAAACCGGUGGUCCUGAUGGCGACUUGGGUUCCAACGAAAUUUUGUUGUCGCGCAAGGAAAACUACGUCGGUCUUGUUGACGGUUCCGGUGUCAUUGCCGACCCGAAUGGUCUUGACAAGGAAGAACUUUUGCGUUUGGCUAAGGAGCGUAAGAUGAUUGAGCACUACGAUCGCUCCAAGUUGUCCAAGGACGGUUACAUUGUUUUGGUCGAUGAUGUUGAUGUGAAAUUGCCUUCGGGUCAAGUGAUCACUUCGGGUGUUGCGUUCAGAAACACCUUCCACUUGAAGCUCAAGGAACAAUUUGGCGUCCACGGUGUUGACUUGUUCGUCCCUUGUGGUGGUCGUCCUGCUGCCAUUGACACUGAAAACGUGCACGAGCUCAUCGACCCCAACACUGGUAAGUCGAUUGUUCCCUACUUUGUUGAAGGUGCCAACUUGUUCGUUACUCAAGCUGCUAAGUUGGAGCUUGAAAAGGCUGGCAUCAUCAUCUUCAAAGAUGCUUCUACCAACAAGGGUGGUGUGACCUCGUCCUCGCUCGAAGUGUUGGCUUCGUUGGCGUUUGAUGAUGACCUGUUCUUGAACCACAUGUGUGUUGACUCCAAGACGCACAAGAAGCCUCAAUUCUACCAAGACUACGUCAAGGAAGUGCAAACUAAGAUUGUCGCAAAUGCUCAAGCUGAAUUCGAAGCUUUGUGGGCUUUGAGAGACUCCACCAAGUUGCCUCUUACUGAGCUCUCGGACAAGUUGUCGUACGCUAUCAACAAGUUGGCUGACGAAUUGGCGAACUCGAAUGAAUUGUGGAACGACGAUGUCAACUUCAGAAACGCCGUCUUGCAUGACGCGUUGCCUCCCUUGUUGAUCAAGGAAAUUGGCCUCGAAAACAUCUUGAAGCGGGUGCCGGAAGCUUACUGCAAGGCCAUCUUCGCCACUUACUUGGGUUCCAAGUUUGUCUACACUCGUGGCAUCGACACCAACCCUGCCAAGUUCAUGGAAUUCAUCUCUUCCAUCAGACGUGAUUUCAAGGCUAAGAACUUGUUGUAA